AUGCAGGAUCUCCUGUCAGAGGAUUCUGGCGAUUCCAAAGAGGUGCUUUGUGGUUUGUAUCGGAGUUCUGAUCUAGUUGGUCAAGUGGUGGCUGCUCCUGUCAUGGUGCGUGGUCUAAGCAGCAGAACAGAUGUUCUUGCCAUCAACAAGGAUGCCUUGGCCGACGUUCAUCUUCGCUUUCCUGGAGCCAUGGCUCGGAUGGAGCAAAACGAGGAGCCCUGA